AUGAUAAUUGAUAAAAAUUUGUUCGUAGAUAAAAAAGCUACGGUCGAACAUCAUCGAUAUUCUGAUCUUGGCUUACCAAGUGUUGGCGUGACAAUUGCUGUUAAUGAAGAUGAGCUUGUACUACGUAUAAGAGAUCGAGGUGGUGGUAUGCCACGAGCAUUGCUUGAUAAAAUAUUCGACUAUCAUUUUUCGUCGAAUAACUUGGCUAAUGAACCAUCGUUACUCUCUUACACUGAUUUUGAAAAUCAUUUUCAUGAUCAGCUUGUUACACACGAUAGUACCAAUCGCAUGAGCGGCUAUGGUUUUGGUGUCCCGACGUCUCGUGCGUAUUGUGAAUAUUUGAAUGGGUCGCUGACUAUUGAAACCAUGUAUGGUAUUGGUAGCGAUGUUUAUGUACGUGUUGGACUUCUAACGUCGGAGAAUCGCAUUGUACGUUUAUAA